CCUCUAUUUCACUCCUGUGCGACAGUCGGCUCAACCUCGAUGGAUGACAUGUCGUGAUCCGCCGGCCCACAUGGUGGGGGUGGACCCGCGGAGGCUCUAAAAUUUCUCUUGCAUGGCGGGGCAGGGCUCAAUGAGGGGUGCUAGACAAGCAUUCUACCUCCACCAGCGAGUCAUAGCAGAUAAACAAAACCACCAACCGUCUCCACCGAACGAGAAUCGCCCGCCAGCCAGCCAGCCCAAAUGCCUACGGUCCACCUCCUCGACACCGUAGCCGGCAACAUCCGGUCCCUCGUCAAUGCGAUCGAACGAGUAGGCUACACGGUAGAAUGGGUCAAGAGCCCCUCCGAUCUCGAGACGGCUGAGCGUGUGAUCUUCCCCGGCGUCGGGCACUUCGGGCACUGCAUGUCGACGUUGUCAGCGGCGGGGUACGUGGAGCCCUUGCAGGCGUUCAUCGCGUCCGGGAAGCCAUUCAUGGGGAUCUGCGUUGGUAUGCAAGCGCUUUUCGCGGGGUCGGAAGAGUCGGCCACGCACGCGGGCCUCGGCGUCAUCCCGGGCACGCUGCGGUUGUUCGACAGCGCCACCAAGUCGGUCCCGCACAUCGGCUGGAACAGUGCCGCUACGCGCACGAUCACGGACGAGUCCCUGUUCGGCCUGAAACGGAAUGCGAAGUACUACUAUGUCCACUCGUACGCGAAACAGAUCGAUAACGACCUCGACGGUUGGGAUGUCGCCACCGCGAAGUACGGCGAUGAGGAGUUUGUGGGUGCGAUUUCAAAGGGAAACGUCUUUGCUACGCAGUUCCAUCCAGAGAAGAGUGGGUAUGCGGGACUGGCGGUGCUGAAGGCGUUCCUGGCGCAGCAAAGGCUCGCGCCGUUGGUGGGGACGGCGACGAGGGUCAAUGAGGAUGCGGAGGGCGGGUUGACUCGCAGGGUCAUCGCGUGUCUCGACGUGCGGACCAACGACGCGGGGGAUUUGGUGGUGACAAAGGGCGAUCAGUAUGAUGUCCGGGAGAAGGCGGCAGGCGGGGGAGUCCGCAACCUCGGCAAGCCCGUGGAGAUGGCCCAGAAGUACUUCGAGGACGGUGCCGACGAGGUGACAUUCCUGAACAUCACGUCGUUCCGCAACUGCCCGGUGCAGGACCUGCCCAUGCUCGAAGUCCUGCGGCAGACCAGCAAGACGGUCUUCGUCCCGCUCACCAUCGGCGGCGGCAUCCGCGACGUCAUCGACACCGACGGCUCGACCGUCUCCGCCCUGCAGAUCGCCACGAUGUACUUCAAGUCCGGCGCGGACAAGGUGUCCAUCGGCAGCGACGCCGUCACCGCCGCAGAGGAGUACUACGCCCGCGGCUCGCAACUCGCCGGCUCCACCGCGAUCGAACAGAUCUCGCAAGCAUACGGCAACCAGGCGGUUGUCGUAUCCGUCGACCCGCGGCGCAUCUACGUCGCCGCCCCCUCCGCCACGGCGCGCACCACGAUCAAGACGGCAUUCCCCGGCCCAAACGGCGAGGAGUACUGCUGGUACCAGUGCACGAUCAAGGGCGGCCGCGAAGGCCGCGACAUGGACGUCCAGCAGCUCGUCAAAGCGGUCGAGGCCAUGGGCGCCGGAGAGAUCCUGCUCAACUGCAUCGACAAGGACGGCACGAACUCGGGGUUCGAUCUGGAGCUUAUCCGCGCUGUCAAGAACGCCGUUAGAAUCCCCGUCAUCGCCUCCAGUGGCGCAGGUAAUCCCGAUCAUUUCAGGGAGGUAUUUGAAGAGACGACUACGGAUGCGGCGUUGGGCGCCGGAAUGUUCCAUCGUGGUGAGUACACGGUUAAGCAGGUUAAGGAGUUUUUGGCGGAUAAGGGGUUGUUGGUCAGGAAUGAGGAGGAUACUGAAGUAUAGAGGAAUAUAUUGGGUACCCAGGUGUUUAGAGGGCCAUGCUCCAGAAGUAUAUCACUGCAGGUGGAACGUGUAAUUAACCAUGAUGACGGCGGUAAAUAUACUGCAAGGUCAUGGUCUCCUUCUUGCCACAGGACAAUGAUGAUUACAACCCCAUUUU